AUGGCCCGUACGAAGCAGACCGCGCGUAAAUCGACUGGAGGGAAAGCUCCCCGUAAGCAACUUGCGACAAAGGCUGCUCGUAAAUCCGCGCCCUCAACCGGUGGAGUGAAGAAGCCACAUCGUUAUCGUCCCGGAACCGUUGCUCUUCGUGAAAUUCGUAGGUAUCAGAAAUCAACCGAACUGCUCAUUCGUAAACUGCCAUUCCAACGUCUUGUACGUGAGAUAGCCCAGGACUUUAAAACCGAUCUCCGUUUCCAGUCCGCUGCCAUUGGUGCACUCCAGGCAACAAAUAUUAUUCUCGAAGCAUCCGAAGCGUACCUAGUUGGGCUCUUCGAGGACACCAAUCUGUGUGCUAUCCAUGCGAAACGCGUCACCAUUAUGCCAAAGGACAUCCAGCUUGCUCGUCGUAUUCGAGGCGAACGUGCUUAG